GGCGCAGCCGGGGCCCAAGAGGAGGCGUCGAGGACCCCGGGUUUGGGGGGUGGACUACCGGGGAGCUUGACUCCCCCGGACCCCAGCCCGCCAAGCGCCGCUGCUGGGUGGCCUGGCUCCCACCGGCGCCCGGCGGGAGGCGUCGCGGAAGCCUCGGUUUGUCCUCCUACAGACAUGGGACGCAGAAAGUCCAAACGGAAGCCACCCCCCAAAAAGAAGAUGACCGGCACCUUAGAGACCCAGUUCACCUGCCCCUUCUGCAACCACGAGAAGUCUUGUGACGUAAAGAUGGAUCGUGCCCGCAACACCGGAGUCAUCUCUUGUACCGUGUGCCUAGAGGAAUUCCAGACGCCCAUCACAUAUCUGUCAGAACCAGUGGAUGUGUACAGUGAUUGGAUAGAUGCCUGCGAGGCAGCCAAUCAGUAGCAAUGCAGAGGACCCACUCCCUUGGUGGUGCCGCCUGCCAUGGACCUGCCCCGCUGGCUACCAGUCCAGAGACAUUCCAGGGUCCAGGGUGUGGGUCCAGGGCCUUCACAGCCCUCCGUGUGGAUGGUGUGGGUCUGGGUGUGAGUGUGUAUGGCUGUGAGUGUGGCCAUGGCAGCGUGCUUGUGGGCACUGACUGGAAGUGAGGUGGGCACCCCAGGGGCCUGAAGUGCUUCACUUGGCUCUGAAAGCCUUUAACUUGCUUGCUCCUCCUCGGAGCCUGUGUCCUGACAUUCUGGACAAGGCCAAGGCCAGCAGAGGCAGCCUCGGGACUCUCCAGCCUCCUCACCCACCUCACCAGCACCUUGCCCAUUUGAACUGGACUGCCCUCCCUCCUCCCCUGCCUUCCAAGGCCUGUGGCCUGAGAUUCAGAGCCACAGUCCCAUAGUCCCCUUGGGCCCUAGCAGAAUAGCCCCUUUCCCAUUUAGUUGCUUUUGUAGAGGAGGAAGGGGCGGGGCCAGGGAUAGCUGUCAGUCACCAGCCCUUAAAUAAAGCAGCGGAUGCAAA